GUCAUCGCAGCGAUCGAUCAUGUUUCUCGAAUGAUAAAAAUUUCAUGCGAUAUGAUCUUUUUUUUUUCGGUGCGGAAAAAUGGCACGUAAAAUUGGAGGGGGGAAGGGGGGCGCGUCUCUUAAUAUUAUAUCAGGGGAGGAAGAGGAUAAUCCUUAUGAAUGGUUUUCUUUAAUGAGCGCGAAAUAAACUGGAGUAUGAAUUUGUAGAAUUAUUUUCCCAUUAUUCUCGGGACAGAAGAACAAUUCUAUAAAUUUACUUCACUCACCUUUCACUUUCCCAUUUUGCGCAUAAUACCAUCUUUCAGCGUACACAUCGCGAUUAUUGCUAUUUCAAAGAGAGAGACAAAAAAAGAAAGCACUCUUCCAUUCAAGCACGAUCGCGCUAAUCAGCUGAAGCUGAAUCGAGCUGAAUACGAUCAGCCAUAAAAUACAGAUCGCGGGCGAUCUCAUGAUUUCCCGUGAUCCGACCGAACUGAGAACCGAGAACACAAAUCAAAUUGAGAGCCGUCGAUGAUCCCGAGAGAAAUGACAAAGUUUUCCGUAGACGCGUGCACGCUGUGCCAGGCAUGAGAGCUGGGUGCUUACUUCAAGUUCCUCGAGUGAUUUGUUGUUCCACGCGCCUCGUAAGUUAAGUCCUCUCUGCAGUCUCGUCCUUCCAUUUGCUUACGGAGGAAGUUCAGAGGAAGAUAAGAUUAAUGAAACGACACGAGAUUCUUGCUAGGAAUCGUCGACAAUCAAAAAAUAAAAUCAUCUGAUCCAUCAAAUUCUCAGACAGGUUAUGUGAGACUCGUGCGAGUUUAUCACUCGGAGACGCGCACUUCGAGACGUACGUUCGCGAAUUAUGGUACGUCCCGGUCCUUCGUGAGCGUCCCGGUGGCCUAACGAUGGAACGGAACGGUGCUAGAGAAAUGGAGGAGCGCCGAUGCAUUCGAGAUACUGGAAGAGCCCUGAAGAAGUACGGAAGCACAGCCAAACAUAUGACGCGGACCGAGAGCUUGGUGAAGCAUACAGUGUGCCCUACGGAUACCCUCCAAGGAAUAGCCCUUAAAUACGGAGUUACGACAGAACAAAUAAGAAGGAUUAAUAGAUUAUGGGCAUCGGAUAGUUUAUUUUUACGGGAACAUUUACUUAUUCCUGUCAGCACAGACAGUCCCGCCUCUAUGUGCAACGACGAAUCGGCAGCUUCUGAGGAGCAUGAUGUCCCUCCAAAUGUAUCUAGUCCUUCUUCGAUAUCGUCAUCUAUUGACGAUGAAGGUUCAGUUAAUGAUUUCUUAGCUAAGAUGGACAGCUCGAUAGCCAAUGCCAAGAGAGACGUCAAACGCACUCAAGGGAAUAAUUUUGCACUGACGGUAAUGAUGUUUACGUACAACGACGGCGUGGGUCUGCUAAAUUGCGAAACUCAUUUCCCACCACAUCGAAUACCUACUCAACGUCCUCCUCUGACUCCAUCAGACCAAUGUCCUCUAGUGAUAUGCAUAACUUUCCAACUGCUGUAGUUAUGACGCAAGGAAGAAAAGUAAAGACUUCUUUGCAAAGACUCGAACAGCAGCAAGAUGAGAUGUUCCAGUUGUAGCGUCUAAGUUUCAUUGGGCUGUAAUAUCCUGUGUGUCGAUUGUUAUUAAAAAGCUUGUAGGAAAGGAUGUACUGUAUAUCAAUGCGCGAAUAGGAAGUUGCUUUUCAUGUCUGACGUUGGUUGAUCCAAUAUCACUAUAUUACAUA